AUGAUCAAAGCUGAUGUGCCUUGCUUGGUCUGUGGGGAUCGAGCUUCCGGUCGUCAUUAUGGUGUUAUCAGCUGUGACGGUUGCCGUGGAUUCUUCAAAAGAUCAAUCCGUCGAAACUUAACAUACUCAUGUAAGGAAUCAAAUGAUUGCGUUGUAGAUGUUGUUCGUCGGAACCAAUGCCAAUCCUGCCGCUUUCGUAAAUGCAUUCAAGCAAAUAUGAACCGUCACGCCGUUCAAAAUGAACGAAUCUGCGUUGGACAAAUUCGCUCAUCUCCAAAAACGGAAGCUAAAAGGUACCAAAAAGCAAAGGAAUGUCUCAAAAACCGCGAUUUAAGAAUUUCAAUCUCCUCACUUACUAGCGACCGAUGCUCAAAAAACCUCGAAAAACGUGAUUUUUCAAUCGAACGACUUGUUUCAUGUCAGAAAAUAGAUUAUUUAUCCCAAUUGGCUCAAUUGAUAAGCUGGUGGUCUGUCAUUCCUCAAAUGGCUUCACUGAACUCAAAAGAUCGAAAAAUUCUGUUCACUUCCUCAUGGCAUUCCUUACUUUUUUUUAAUUUAACAUGUCAGCGUGAAGUUUCUUUAGAAAAAUAUUCUGAAGAAUUACGUCCAUUAGCCCAAUCUAUCAUAGAUUUGAGUCCGUCCAUACUCGAACAAUGGGGAAUAAACUGCUUUCUGCUCUUUAAGCCAGAUGAGAUAAAGUUCCCAACAAAGCUAGAUGUUCAACUUCUACAAGGACAAGCUGCCGUUCUAUUAGCAAACUGUCAUACGGCUCGAUUAACUUAUGCCCAAACAACUAGUUCUCCAACCCAAUUGCUCUUAUUGGCUCCUACUUUGACAGUCCUGAACGCUAACGAUGUCAGACAAAUGUUUUUCCCAAAAAAAUCCAUUGAAGACAUUGAAACAUUUGUUCAAAGUGUUGUUCGAUAG